GCAGCUCUGAAACACUGAACACUGCUAAGUGGUCUCCCUGUCAACAGAGAUUUUCUGCAGGAUUGGAAACUUGGACCUAUUACCAUUUCCUCUACCCAGAAAAGCAGACAGCGUGAGAGAGAAAAAGGGGUUAGAACUGCUGUCGUAAAGCUGGGAAGAUGUUUUAAGAAGUCACGAUUUCAGAGACAAUUCAAACCACUAAAGAUGGAGAACGAGACAGUCAGUGAAUUGAACGAGACCCAGCUUCAACCCCGAGCAGCCGUGGGCCUCGAUUACCAAGUGGUCACCAUCUUACUUGUGCUGAUUAUUUGUGGCCUGGGCAUCGUGGGCAACAUCAUGGUAGUCCUGGUGGUCAUGAGAACCAAGCAUAUGAGGACCCCCACAAAUUGUUACCUGGUGAGUCUGGCAGUGGCUGAUCUCAUGGUCCUGGUGGCCGCCGGCCUUCCCAACAUAACAGACAGCAUCUACGGCUCCUGGGUCUAUGGCUAUGUGGGAUGCCUUUGCAUUACUUAUCUCCAGUACUUGGGAAUCAAUGCAUCCUCGUGUUCCAUCACGGCCUUUACCAUUGAGAGGUACAUAGCAAUCUGUCACCCCAUCAAAGCCCAAUUCCUCUGUACUUUUUCCAGAGCCAAAAAGAUCAUCAUCUUCGUCUGGGCUUUCACAUCCAUUUACUGCAUGCUCUGGUUCUUCUUGCUGGAUCUCAAUAUUAGCACCUACAAAGAUGCUAUUGUGGUAUCCUGUGGCUACAAGAUCUCCAGGAAUUAUUACUCACCUAUUUACCUAAUGGACUUUGGUAUCUUUUAUGUUGUGCCCAUGAUCCUGGCCACAGUUCUUUAUGGGUUCAUAGCUAGAAUCCUCUUCUUAAAUCCUAUUCCAUCAGACCCUAAAGAAAACUCUAAGACAUGGAAAAAUGACUCAAAUCAUCAGAACAAGAAUUUGAGUUUAAAUGCCUCUAAUAGAUGUUUCAACAGUACAGUGUCUUCAAGGAAGCAGGUCACCAAGAUGCUGGCAGUGGUUGUAAUUUUAUUUGCCCUUUUAUGGAUGCCCUACAGGACUCUUGUGGUUGUCAACUCAUUUCUCUCCAGCCCUUUCCAAGAAAAUUGGUUCUUGCUCUUUUGCAGAAUUUGCAUUUAUCUCAACAGUGCCAUCAACCCUGUGAUUUACAAUCUCAUGUCCCAGAAAUUCCGGGCUGCAUUCAGGAAGCUCUGUAAGUGCAAGCAAAAGCCAACAGAGAAACCCAGUAACUACAGCGUGGCCCUAAAUUACAGCGUCAUCAAGGAGUCAGACCAUUUCAGCACAGAGCUGGAUGACAUCACUGUCAGUGAUACCUGCCUCUCUGCCACCAAAGUAUCUUUUAAUGACACCUGCUUAGCUUCUGAGGUGACCUUUAACCAAAGUUGACUCAUGAAUUAGAAGAAAAUGAACCACUAAGUAAAUGAGAAUCUGUUCAGUUAUCAUACACAACAGAGGAAAUAACCAAUACAUACAUGUGAAAACAGAGCAGAUAG